AAGAAACGACACCGCAGCGCAGGGAUGAAAUAGCAGGGACGAAAGCAUUCGGAAAAUUCGGACUGGUGCUGUUCACCAACCAUUGGAACAUAAUAUGAUAAUAUCAUACGUGUGCAACAUAUUAAACUUUAAAAAGUGGGAAUUGUUAUCUCUCGUGACGAUUUUAUUAGCUUCAAAAUAUCUUUUACGUUCCACGUUCCAACCGGACGUAAAUCAACUAACAGAAUUGGAGAAGUGUCCAGCAUGCUUCGGCAAAUCCGCAUGCGAACACAUUCGCGAAGUGGAUAUCACACCCUUUGACUUUCAUUCCACGUUUGCUUAUUUCUUUGGUGUAAAAAACGUGUUCUUUGGAUUUUUAAAUACUAAGAAAGUCGUGCUGAAAAAGUUGGCACAGAACUUCGAAUUGAACGAAUUCGAUCGAAAGCUCUGCGAAAACGAUACUUUCUUGCAUAUCUGUACAGCGAACAAAAUAGCAAAAAAUGAUCGUAUCAAUUUUCACCAGCUACUCAAAGAUGAGAUUAGUUUACAGGAUUUCAAAACAGAUAAUCGAAUAAGUCGUUUGACACUUUGCCCUACUGUAGAACGUUUAACCUAUCUUUUAGACAGAAUAUAUCAUAAUAAUAGAAAUGUUGAUCGAAAUACACUUGAAAUUAACAUUUGGACCUUGGCAGUUCUCAAUCCAGAACCUCUCUUACUGCAGAUACUACCUGCAGAAGACAAUUGGCCUGUAGCAAAAUAUUUAGGUGCCUGUGGACGCAUUGUGAUUGAAGAAUAUGUUGGAUUACCAUUAACUGCUUAUUACAAUCAGCCUUGGUUACAUAGAGCUAAAAUAGCUUCGAGCUUGUUAGAUGCAGCUUUCAAAUUCACGUAUAAAAAUACAGAUUUUGCUUUUUACUUAACCGACGUAUCCGCUGAUAAUAUAGCAGUUGAUACAAAUGAUAAUGCAAUAUUUGUUGACUUAGAAAACGUAAUCAUUGUUGAUAGAAAUAUGAACGAUACAGAGAGACAGACUCCAUGGAAUAGUCGAAUGCAAGUAAAUACAGAAGAUCAAGUUUGCCCAGAAUGCUUAGCAUUUGAUUCUACGGAAAUAUGUAAUAAUGAUAUUAGUGAUCACAACUUUUAUGCGAUAUGCAAAGUGUUAUUAGCAUUAAAUCCAAAUAACAAUAUACUUCCUGGUGGUCUUCUACACGACAUACCUGCGGAUGUAUUGCAAAAGUAUUCGAAUUUACAGUACCUGAUAGAGCAAUGCGUUGAUUCACAAGAACCAUUUAAUAGAAUAGAAGCUGGUAUGCAACUGAAGAAACUUUUAAAUAUGAUAAUAACAGAAGGAAAUGAAUAAGUCCAAAAAUAAAUUGAUUUUAAUGAA